UGUAUCCUGGAUCUGUCUUGUCGUGGGUGGUGGAAAGGUUCCAAUUCUGGUUGGGAAAGAACAUAGAAAUCAAAAUACGUAGCUCAAAAAGUUAUCUAGGCGAGUCGUCAUCGAUCACGAGAGGUUAUUUUGCAGAGCCCAGGUAGUGAUAUAUCUUAUACAACAACAACAACAGAAUCGGGGCUAGCAGAAGAUACAUUACAAGUAAAAAGAACUUGCAUUGGUACAAGUGUCAUUAUGAGAUGUCGUCUCUCAGUGCCUCGUUUGUGCAAAUCAAAUUCGAUGACAUUCAGUUCUAUGAGAACUGCGGUGGUGGAAGCUUUGGAAGUGUUUACAGAGCAAACUGGAAAUCGCAGGACAAAGAGGUGGCUGUGAAGAAGCUUCUUAAAAUUGAAAAUGAGGCAGAAAUUCUUAGUGUUCUCAGUCACAGGAACAUCAUCCAGUUCUACGGAGCGAUUCUUGAAGCACCCAACUAUGGUAUAGUAACAGAGUAUGCUUCAGGAGGGUCUUUAUAUGACUACCUGUCUAGUGAUGAAAGUGACAAAAUGGACAUGGGCCAUAUCAUGACCUGGGCAAUGGAAAUCGCCAAAGGAAUGCAUUAUCUACACAUGGAAGCGCCAGUGCGGGUAAUCCACAGAGACCUCAAGUCCAGGAAUGUGGUGGUAACAGCGGAUCGAAUACUGAAGAUCUGUGACUUCGGUGCCUCAAGGUUUCACUCCCACACGACACACAUGUCACUGGUGGGAACCUUUCCGUGGAUGGCUCCAGAAGUAAUACAGAGCCUGCCAGUGUCUGAGACGUGCGAUACAUAUUCAUAUGGUGUGGUUCUUUGGGAAAUGCUAACACGGGAGAUUCCUUUUAAAGGCUUAGAAGGGUUGCAAGUUGCCUGGCUUGUGGUGGAGAAAAACGAGAGAUUGACCAUUCCCAGCAGCUGCCCAGCAAGUUUUGCUGAUUUAUUGAAGCAGUGUUGGGACGCAGAUCCAAAGAGAAGACCACAUUUUAAGCAAAUCAUGAUGACCCUGGAAUCCAUGUCCAAUGACAGCCAGCUUCCAGACCAGUGUAAUUCCUUCCUGCACAACAAGGCCGAGUGGAGAUGUGAAAUUGAGGCCACGUUGGAGAGACUGAAGAAGCUGGAGCGUGAUCUGAGCACCAAGGAGCAGAAGCUGAAGGAGCGGGAACGACGUCUGAAGAUGUGGGAGCGCAAGCUGAUGGAACAGUCGCACACGCCGCUUUUCUUGCCUGUUACUGCAAAGAUUUCAGAAGAGUCUUUCUAUGAGUCUAAAACAGAGGAGUCAAACAGUUCAGAGAUGUCUUGUCAGAUCACUGCUGCCAGUAACGGGGAGGUAGAUGGCAUGAACCUGCAGGCCAUGAUGAAGGGCUUUGGGGAUAUUCUCUCUAUGGACCUGGCAGGACCUGUCUUGCACUCUGGGAUACAGACAAACAUGCAGGCCAAGCAGAACUCCUCUAAAUCCACCAGUGUCAGAGAAGGGAAGAAAAUCAACACGGCUGUGUCUCUGGGUGCAUUUAACUGGUCAGACGACAGCGACUAAUGCAAUUAGUCACCCACCAAGUUCCCUCAGGCCUGGGAUGAGCAUAGUGUAAAGCAUAGUUAUGGCAGCACCAUAAACUUGUAUUUAAUUCAGGCCUAGACGGAAUAUCAGUUAGUUGGAAAAUCUGUAACAUUUUUAAAACGGCUUACUUGGCCUGUGUUGAAAGUGUAAUUAAAAAAGCAAAGUCUGUUUUUUGGAUAAAGUCGCUGUACCUCUUUGUAUGUGAAACUACAUGCCCUUUUUUGCAUUAGACAUGUAUCAGAACUCUGACAAUACACUGAAAUCCCCGUACCCUGCCGUGGCAGCAGAAGGAGUGUUACCGGUGCUUAUUUUUUCUGCAAAAUAAUGUUUGUUCAUUGUCCUGAACAUUAAAUCUUUAAAAUGCGCAAGGGCAGCAAACCACCUACUUUAUUUUGUUUAGCCUAUAAAACACUCUUCAUCUAGCUAACAUUAUAUUACACAAGCUGUUUUUAUUGAAUUGCUCAUGUUUCAUGUGGAAGUAAUGUAUGUAUUUUUAUAUUUUAUUUCAACACUACUUUUACUUGCCUAAGAAAUACAAUACCAUGAUUACAUAACAUAAUAUAAUAUACAAAUGUCGUUGAAGAAUAUUUUAUUUAUUGGGAAUGUUCAAUGUUUAUUUAUUUUGUUUUAUAUUGAUUGAAAGUUUGGUCUGGUUGAGUGGUUUUAGCUAAAACCAUCACAUUUUAUUAGAAUUCUUUUUUUUAUUGAGUCCCACACUUGCUGCAUUUAGUAUUUUGGAUUAGUCUAAGAUUCAGUAAUCGUGUCAGUAGGUGACAUCUCUGUGUAGAGUUUGGGUUAAGCUAUUUCAUAAAUACUAAUGAGGUUAUACAGUAUAAAAUAUAUAAGUUUAAGGGUAGCAUCCAUGAAAAGCAACACAGGCCAAAUUAAGCACAGUUUUCUUUCAUCCCUCUUUUUUCCCCAUUACGGUUUAUAUAGGGAUACUUUAUAGCCUCUACAUUUCCUUUCUAAUUUGAGUUAUUACAAGCAACUUGUGUGUUCUUUAUGAUUCGCCAUUGGUUCUGCUUACAUUAUUAUUUGCCACUAUUUCAACAAAAAUGCUUCUUUUUUUUUUUUUGCUGGAGUAGAUAGUGCAGUACACUAAGCAUGUGAAAUAAUGAUCUAAGGACAGACAACAAUAGAGAAUACGGCAGGACACACAGUGGGAUAUUAAAAAGAAAUGUAGAUUAGAUCAUAGCAUUUAUAAGAGACAAAGGUAGUUCUGUGUGGAAUGUUGGUUAGAUCUAAACUAUGGCAAGAAUUUCAUGUGUUCCCAUUUUCCAGGUUUCAUACUGUAUUGGCUUUAUACAGUGAGUGCACCUUAUAUAAAUGAAAUGCACUAUGCUGGUCUGAUCUACCUCUGACCUGGGUACAGACCAAUGUAGUGUGGUACCACAAGGGAAGUGUUUCCUUUUUUUUUUCUUUUUUUUUGUUAACCCCAGUUUUCUCCCCAAUUUGGAAUGCCCAAUUGUUAUUUGUAUCCCGGUUUACCGCUGCUAUCCCUCUGGCGACUCGGGAAACAGAGGCUGGAACAUGCGUCCUCCAAAACGUGUUCCUGCCAAUCUGUCGUUUUUUACAAUGCGGAUCCACAGCGAGGCCCCCAGACCUAUAGUGCUGAUGGCAGAAUCAUAGGCGCCCUAUCGGCCACAGGGGUCACUGGUGCGCGGUGAACCGUGGAUUCCCCUGCCGACCUAAGCCCUCCCUACCCGGGCGACGCUUGGCCAAUUGUGUGCCGCCCCCUAGGAACCCCCGGUCACAGUCAGCAGUGACAUAGCCUGGAUUUGUAUAUGCAAUCUCCAGGCUAUAGGGCGCAUCCUGCACUCCACGCGGAGCGCCUUUACUGGAUGUACUACUCGGUAGCCCCUAAGGAAAGUUUUUUCAUCCCAGCUGUGCUUCCUAUGUGCAGUGUUUUCAUAGCUGCAUGAUGAUUAGUCAGUUACCAACUUUCAAAUCGUGAAAAGUCAACCUAGGUUUUAAACUAGUAUUAAAGUGACGGAAUGUCACACGCACUGCAUUUACAGCUUAUGCACUUUAUACAAUACUACAUUUCAAAUGGAUACUGUGACGUAAUCCUAUUUAUAGUUCACAUAAGUGUUAAAGCCAGUUUGAUGUGAACUUUUUGUUUUGUUUUUGCUGCUUUCUCUUCUAUAUACUUAUUUUUCAAUAAACUUUUGACAUUAAAUAAUGUAUUCUCUGCUUAUUUCUGUUCCUAUUAAAACUUUCUAUGUUUCACAUUUGUUAAAUCAUUUCCUUCUCUGAUUUUCUUUUUGUAUUAAGAAAUAUUGGGCCCAGUCCACAAAGUUUUAACUUUGUUUGUUUUGAAGGAUAAAUAAAGUCUGUAUGCAUGCAA